AUGGUGAGCGCAACUGAAUGCCUUGGACAGGCAGUUGGUUUGGCAAUGGGCACUGCAACAGAGAAUCUCAUUGGUGCUGCUGCAACCGUCGGCAGCAAGGCCUUGAUCAGCGCGACAUCGUCGUUGUUGACAACCGUGGCACAUAAUGCGAUUGAGAACAAGUUCUAUGGCACCUACUACGGUCUGUUUGAAGGAGCAGGCACGGCAUUUGGCUCUGGCGCCGCGAUGGGCGCUCUCGGAGGUCUUGUCUCGGCCGGCUCGCAUUUGGUCAAAGGAGGAGUAUCGGCCGUGGCACAGACUUCGGCUCAAAGGUUGAAGAAGGGAUUAACAGGUGGAUUACUAAUAGGAGUACGUGCGGGCUUCGCUGUUGCCAAGAGUGAAGACCUGCCUCAGAGAGCUAGAAAAUGGGUGUCCAAGGAAAGGAUGGAGAUGGUCAAUUUGUUUCGGGAGCAGGAGAGGAAUUUCAAGGGUUUAUUGAGUAUGGUUGGGCCCAGUGGCCUAGUUGGAACUCUGCACAGCGACCUGAUCAAGCAUCAGUCAUUUGUUAAUUAUGGUUAG